AUGCUACCAUCAAAACGGCCAUAUUUGGCUGAUGAAGAGCUCGGGAAGAAGGACGACGACCACCGGCCUCGCAAUGGCAGAAACCCGCUCUCACGCGCAAAGCAAUGGAGAGCGCCUCGACCACGCCGGCUCGUAAUAGGAAUUAUCAUCCUGUAUUUAAUAUACUUGUUUUUUAAGAAUAUGCCUACAGAUGUACCUCCUGCAGUUGAACGAUUCAACCCAGAGUUCGCGCGAGCACGGCAGGGCAGUGGAAAGUCAUUGCCGCCUGCAAUGCCUUCGCCGGUUACACCUGCAAAUGGCCCCCCUCCGCGUCCAGAUUCUCAGACAGAUAUUAAGGAGGAUUUCUACUACGAAGGCGAAAUUAGGUUCAAAUCUUUAGCGAGGACCUUGCAGCGUUUCUGGAAGCCGCCCAGUCGUGAUGGUACCUCCACUAGUCGUGCCGUUGUGUUUGCUGGCUCAAACCUGCGGAGCGUUUCCGAUCUUCUGCCUCUCGCUUGCCGAAUGGCCACUCAGAAGAUAAAUGAGGUGCAUUUUGUGCUGAUGGGAAGAGAUGAUGUAUCCAUCGAAGGCAUACAGCGUGUUAAUGGCAUAAAGGAAGACGACUGUCCGAUUGUCUGGCACGUAUGGAAUGACGUUCAUGUUGAGAUCCUCAUGCAAGCACCUUCUGGAUCAUCUGGUUCCUUGAUCCGUUUGAUUCGAUCCUUGGAAGCGGCAGAUUACCUUGGGUCGACUCCCAGCCUGACUAUUGAGCUGCCUCCUCGAGUUGAUCCGCAGCUCCUACACUUCCUGCAAAAAUUGAAGUGGCCUCCUCAGACUUCGAGCACAGUCACUCUCCGCCGCCGUAUACAGCCAGAUUACUUGACUCCAGUCGAAGCUUCUUUAAGAACGGUGGAAGCUUUCUAUCCCAGAAACCCUAACGUAACGCAUGUACUCUUGUUGGCCCCAGAGGCUGAGCUGGCGCCUUCGUUCUACCAUUUUUUGAAAUAUACUAUGUUGAAAUAUAAACAUUCGGCUCAAACCAAGCGCACCCCUUGCAAAUUAUUGGGGUUUUCGCUCGAGCUUCCCUCAUCACGACCCACAGAUAACGGGCCUUUCGCACCACCGAAAUCUGAACAAUCACAGCAGCUAGGUGGCGAGCCGCUUCCUGUCUUUUUAUGGCAGGCCCCAAACAGUCAUGCGGCCUUGUAUUUCGGCGAUGGAUGGGCCGACCUCCACUCUUUCCUCACUAACCGCCUCGCUCUACACCGGCCCACGUCUGAAAUGUCAACGGAGGAGAAGUCUAUCUCAAAGCGAUAUCCUGCUGUAAUGGAGUAUCUGCUCGAGCUAAUUCGAGCUCGGGGUUAUUACCUGCUUUACCCAAACUUCCCCGAACGUGGCACUUUUACUCUUGCAACAGUUCAUAGCGAGCUGUCUCAACCACCUGAAGAAUUUUUACACGACGGUCAAGUAGACUCAACUACGGCUCUUGAGUCAUCCAUCAACCAAUUAUCUGCGGAAAAACACUUGGACCAGGCAUCGACGUUAAUGCCGCUUCUUGAACGCUUCUCUCUAUCGUUGCCGGACCUGAGCAGUUUGCCCCUGUUGUCAUACGGUGGUGAGGAAAUGUCAGACAUUAUGUGCUCGCAAGGCACAGAGGAAUACGCGAAGAAGUUCGCUAUCCAUUAUGGCGGCUGUCGAGACAGUGACUUAACAGAUGGCUCGACGAGAUUGUUUUGCCUGCAUGAGCGAGAGAGCGGAGAAGAGAGCAUCAUUAUAUAA